AUGCCGAAAAACCGGGCUCCACUUCUCCGGCGCCGAUGGUUUUUGACAGGGGUGUCGAACGCCGACGAAUGCUCCACCAGUGAUGCCGGUUCGAACUUUCAGGAUUCCCAGGGUUUAUUGUUUACUUUAGCUCACAUUGACAGCGGGGCUUUUAUUAUAUCCUUCAGCUUCAUCAACACCGAUGUCACUAUGACCAACAAAACCCUCCUCGGCGAAAAGAGCCUCGCCCUCAAAGCCUUGUGUUUAUCCUGCGGCCUACGAAGAGUUGGAAAUAAGGCGGCCCUCGUCCAGCGCCUCCGCCAUGCCGCCAGGAACCUCCAACCCAUCACCCCCUCCUCCCGCAUCCUCAGCAUCGACCUCGGCCUCAAGAAUUUCGCCUUCUCCCUCAUAAGCCCAGCGCCUCCAGCAAAAAAACAGCCCCCCAGCUCAAACGCCACCCCUUUAAACUCCCCAAUCCGUCUCCACGCCUGGCACCGCCUGGACCUAACCCUCCCCACCACCACCACCAUCACCACCACCACCAAGAACAAACCAAAAACAAAAACAAAAACAACCACCCCCACCCCCACCCCCUCCGAAGAACCCCCCUCACCACCACCACCAGAAGAAGAAGAAGAAGAAGCCUUCUCCCCCGCCGCGCUCGCCACCAUAACCGCGCACCUGAUCAAAACCCGGCUCCUCCCGCUACGCCCAACCCACGUGCUCAUCGAGCGACAACGGUUCCGCUCGCACGGCGCCGCGGCCGUGCACGAGUGGACGAUACGCGUCAACUCGCUCGAGGCGAUGCUGCAUGCCGCGUUUGCGGCGCUUAAGGUGGGGGAGGAGGGUGUGGUUGGUGGUGAAGGGGUGUGGGAGGGGAGGGUGGAGUCGGUGCUGCCGAAGACGGUGGCCGAGUUUUUGUUUGCGGGUGUGGAUGUUGAGGGGGUGGAGGAGGAGGGGGGAGGGAAGGGGAAGGGGAAGGCGACGGCGGGGAAGGCGUAUCUGAAGUUGAAGAGGAAGAAGGUGGAUAUGUUGGGGGGGUAUUUGGUGGAUGGGGGGAUAGCUGUUCCGGAAAAGGGGCAGGCGACGGAGAUGGUGCGGUUGUUUAUGGAGAAGAUGGAGAGGAGGAAAGGUGGGAAGGGCAAGGGCGCGGGGAAGAAAAAGGCCGCUGAUGUUGAUGGGGUUGAGGGGGGCGAGGUGGAGGAGGCGAUAACCAAGAUGGACGACUUGUCGGAUGCCGUGCUGCAGGGGAUGGUGUGGUUGCAAUGGCGGAGGAACUUGGAGGAGUUGACUAAGGAGUGGCCAGAGUUACUUGAAGAGGAGACAUGA